GCCUGCCCUUCGCCCGGAUGCCCCAGCACCGAACUCCCCCAUUUGUGAAUCGCCCCGAUUUUCUCAUGCGGAAUGCUGAAUCUGAAGCAUGCCAUUGAAGUUAGACGUCCGUGACGCAUUAAUCCAUCGGUGCUAACUGCUAACGGCCUAAGCGUGCUAACACCUAAGGUAUGUCUCGAAUUCCCUGGGGUGUCAGAUAAUUCUCAGCCCACACCGUGGCUAUCGCCGAGUGUUUGCGGCCAUCUGUCUUCGUCGGACCUUUGACUUCAGGAGUUCAAGUUGGAAAUUCUCUCUCCUUCACUUCUAUGCCAUUCUUUUCGUGAUUUUUUGGAGGGUCUGUACAUGUCGAGCUCCAUCGACACCGAUGAAUGAUCACUGAACCGUCUUUCGACUCCGUUCCGUGCGAAUACCUCCUGGAUGCCUGCCCAAGACGGUAUACUGGAGAAAGGAUACUUGGGGGAUCUCAAUCCAGACCUAGCCCGCUCCGCUCCCUCUCGAUUAUUCAAAUGGUUGCUCCAUUUGGCACGACCGUCCUUUACGGUCCACCCCAAUGGCAAUGGUCAUAACAACAAGUUAGGACGGACCGCAUAUCUAGAUGGUCUGCGAGGGUUUGCCGCGUUCAUCGUCUACUGGCACCAUCACAACCUCUGGGCGCGCGGCAUCGCCAGCGGAGUCUUCGAGAAUGGCUACGGCUACAUGGGCAAACAUUACUUUGUCGCGCUCCCCUUCGUCCGGAACUUCUUCUCCGGCGGACAUUUCGCCGUCUCGAUCUUCUUCGUGAUUUCCGGCUACGUCCUGUCCGCCAAACCCGUCGCCCUGAUCCAAGCUGGCGACCACGUCAAGCUCGGCGACAACCUCGCUUCGGCGCUGUUCCGCCGCUGGAUCCGCCUGUACAUCCCGCUCAUCGCCACCACGAUCCUCUACGUCUUCUGGUUCCACACCUUCGGCCUGGGCGUGAUCGCCAAGAAGAAGGACACCAUCGGCGCGGAGCUGUGGGAAUGGUAUGCCGAGUUCAAGAACUUCAGCUUCGUCUACCGCACGAGCGGCGAGCCGUGGUUCACGUACAAUUUCCACACCUGGUCGAUCCCCGUCGAGUUCAAAGGGUCCGUCAUCAUCUACACCUGCCUGCUGGCGUUCUCCAGGGGGACGCGGAACGCGCGAUUGCUCCUCACUAUCGGCAUGAUCGUGUAUUUCAUGUACAUCGUCGACGGCGCCCAUUAUUCCAUGUUCCUCGCCGGCAUGCUCCUCGCCGAAAUCGACACCCUUGCCAUGAACGACAACCUUCCGCACUUCUUCAAAGCCUUUGAAGCGUCGAAGCAAUACAUUUUCUACGGCUUCUUCAUCGUGGCCAUGUACCUCGGCGGCGUCCCGUCCAUCGACCAGGACACGAGAAACCUCGCCAAGUCGCCCGGCUGGUACUACCUCUCCUUCCUGAAACCGCAGGCGAUCUUCGACUACAAAUGGUUCUACCUCUUCUGGGCCGCCGUGUUCAUGGUCUCCUGCAUCCCGCGCAUCCCUCUGCUCCGCCGCUUCUUCGAGACGCGCUUCAACCUGUACCUGGGCCGCAUCUCGUUCGCGUUAUACCUCGUCCACGGCCCGGUGCUCUGGAUCGUCGGCGACCGGAUGUACGCCGCCGUGGGAUGGUAUCGGGAGGACAACAUGCUGCACACGCCCAAAUGGGUCAACGCGUUCCCGAUCCCGCGCAUCGGGCCGUUAGGGCUGGAGACGGACUUCUGGCCGUGUCAUCUGGUUCUGCUGCCGCUGACGCUCUGGCUGGCGGAGGUCGUCACGCGGAUGUUCGACGAGCCGAGCGUCAAGUUUGCGCGGUGGAUAUAUACGUCGACGCUGGAGGAGGAGAAUAAACGGUAGACUCGGAGUGGGGGACAAAAGGGCUAACUUGUAUAGACGAAUCCUAAAGUAAUGGAUUUGCAUUUACGUUUGGCGUUUGGAUUGUAUACUGGUGUAGUUCUAGCCGAAGCAAUGCAUUUUUAUCGAUAGCUUUAGCCUAUGCCGUCACGAUCAAGGGAUAUGUCUGUCCACCAGUGAUGAGGGUGCCGAGCCAUGUGAGGUUCCAUUUCGAAGUUGUGAAUACGGUCCCAUCAUGCCUUGGGAACUAAGUAUUAGUUUUAGUUGCCUAUCCCCAUUCCGGUUCCUUCUGCCGGUAUUUAGGGGAGAAAUAUUAACG